AUGGCGAACGCUGCGAAUGGGAUGCUUUUGCAAGAGCCAAAAUCUAGCCCCACUGGCUAUCCUUUGCAACCUCGAUCACCCAUAAGAAUUCUAGUAAGUCUUCAAGCUUCUCAACAGCUAUAAAUUAAGUCAAGCCGAAUUAUUUUAUCGUUUUCCAUGGUCACUGGUUGCUGUAAACGUCUUUGAUCCGGAAAUGAGAGCUCUUCUGUAUAAUUUGUUUACAUUUCAAUUACACCAAACUGAUGAGCGAUAUGUUAAGCAAUUCUUUAAUGUUCAUAGUCUGGAAGAAGAAGUAAGAGCCCGUACUAUGAAGAGCCAGUGUCGGACAGAGAAGAGUGGUGGCGAUCCACAUUAAAGGUGAGUUGAAGUUCUGAAUAAUUUAUUUGAUAGUUUGAGCAAACACGCGAUUAUUGAAGCCAUAAUUUAUAAAACUAACACUGGUUUUAUUUCUUAAGACAUAGCAUACAAAGCUAUUUUGAAUAUACCCUCAAAGUCAGCUUACUUUCGCAAACGCCAAUCACUAUGUGGUGUUAAGUUGGUAGUAAAAUGAUGAGAUGUAUUUGAGUCUGCCGAUAUCUGACGUGUUGCUAUAGGAGAGCACAAAAUGUAAUUGUUCAAGGGAGGUAAAAUUGGCAAAACUUGACAUGACUGGACUAUUGACAACCUGAAUAUUGUAUUUGGGGAGGUAAUCAAUGUAAUAUAUUGAUGAGAAAAUCAAAUUGCUAAUCAAAAUCAAUCUACAAAAAUGAUCAGUUCUUAAUUUCAUAGUUACUGAAUAAUUGUUAAUCAUUCAGUAGUCAUGGCAAUAUGUACAGACACACUUGACAAUGGGUUGAGAAGCCCUGAUUUAAGGCCCAGCCAGGUUGCUGUGUUGUGUUUUUAGGCAAGAUACCUCAGUGCCUCUCCACACAGGCAUAUAAAAUUGGGGGGAGGGAGGGUAGGGUGGUGGUGAUCAACUUCAAUGGAGUCUGCUACAUAUUUUCUUUUUCUUUUCUUUUUUAAUGUGUUGCUGUGAACAACAACGAGACACAUAUUAAGCCAUUUAAACAAUGGAAUAGUGUCUGUUCCUGUUUCCUCUGAAGACUUAUAUUCUAUGUUAUGGUUUCAGGACACACCUGUUCCUGGAAGUUAUGAACUGAAAGAUUUUGUUAAGGAAAUGCAUGGAAAACCUGUGAGAACUACAUAUGGAUUUAAGAAUGCAGGAAGAAAAAGAAAUGCUGACCCAUCACGCAAAGGUGACAAAUUAAUGCCAGGACUGUACAAACAUGGAACAUCCAUUGAUGAGCUGAAUAAACAACAUGUGACAUACAGUUUUAAGUCUUGCGACAGAUAUCAUACUCCAACAGCACUAGUGGGAUAUAUGGACAAGGUAUUCUGUAGAUCUUGGCUGGGCUUCAAAUUUUUGAUUGGUUUUUAAACAUUUUGAAAAGUAUUUUGAAGUCAUGCUUACUACAUUGAUUAACUUUCAUUGCAGGAGUUUGUGAAGAGUCAAAUCAGCCCAAACACAUAUUACACUGGGUACAAGUAUGUGCCUAAGUUACCUUCGAAGUAAGUAACUCAGUUUAAGAUGGAAAUCAUAAAUUAGCAUUCAUUGGUCAUGCAAUGUAAAUCUUGUCAUUGAAAAUAUACAGGGAAAUAACUACCUGCUCAAACAUAGUCAAGACUUUCUCAUUACUGUGUAUUUACCAUCUUGACAUGACAUUCUUUUUAAUAGGCACCCAGCUUUCAAGUCUCAAGAGCGCAGAUUCCCAACCAUCUACUUUAAACCAGUGAGUGAUUCCUUAAAAAAAAUACUGUGUUUGUAUUGAGAAACCAGGGAAUUCAAUGUUUUAUUCACCAGGGAUACUGUAAUGAGAAAUUAGAUACUUAUAGUCACUCGUAGGUGUUGAGGAGUUAACAAUGGCACAGUGUGUAGAUUUUGGUAGAUUUAUAUCACAGUGCUCUGUCAGUUUCAUAUAUCUUUCCAUUUUGCUUCACAGGCUACUAGACCUUUUGUGAUUAUUGAUAUUAAUGGCAUAAUUCUUUUGUGUCUUUUUUUGUCUCCGCAGAGAGAAGGUCCCCCUCCUGGAGAGUACAAACUCUCCAAGGACCCAAUUUUACCAAAAGGACCAAAUGUUACAUCUCCAUUCAAGUCAAAAACUCCAAGAUUUGUCCAACCUCAUGUGCUGGUAUGUAAUGGCAAACAUAUAAGUUUAGAAAGAGUUCUAUGGCAAUGGCACACAGUUCUAACUCAAUGAGCCAGAAAUCCCUGAGAAUUCUUAAUUGAGUUGUAGUGCUAGCUUUUAUGGAUCAAAAUCCUCAAAAUCAUAUCAGAAUUUAGUGUCAGGAAAAUCAAUGUAAGGGCAUGAAUUGCUUUUGUUUUGGCUCACCAUUAUACUACUGAAAGACCAUUAGUAAUAACAUUGAUACUUCAUACUCUUGAAUGUGUUGGGUUUAAAUGUAAUUUUAAAUUUAUUUUAAGAAUGUAUUAAAACCAAUGAAAAUCCCUGGAAUUUUAUGAGUUAUAGCUUGUGUGAUUUUUCUCAGGUUGGAGACAAGAACAGUAGAUUUUGUGCUAUUUAUUUUCUUGUUUCUAGGGGAAUGUGGUAGCCAAGUUUUUCGCACAAUGCACUCUGAAUUGAAAGGUUCAAGGGUGUAGUCACUUUGGAGGUACAAAAACAGGGAAAAGCUCAAGAUCUAAAGAUGUAUAUGACUUGUACACAAAAGAAAUACCCAGAAUACUGGCAUUUAUCGUUGUCCAUAUUGUUUUCUUUCUUUUUCUCAAAAUAGAAAACACCUGGUCCUGGAACAUAUUGCAAGACAUACCAAACACCAAUGCCAGAUACAAUCAAGAAAAUGGCAAGAAAUUAUGGAUUGUUCUUUACCUCAGGGACUUAUGGAGAUUAUUAAUAAUAUAUUUUUCUUAUGAAUUAAAAAUGGGAAGGAUAUGAUGUCAGACACAAAGGAAGGUGAAGGAGAUACAAAUGAACCACCAACCAAUACUCCUGCUGAUGCACUUGAACAUCUGUAAAUUGUAAAUAUAAAAACUGGCUUUUUGAAAUUGCAUUUGUUUUUUUAUAAGAGUAUGCGAGGUAGAAAUAAAACAAAUUGAUACGUGUG